AUGUGCGAAUCAAUCGAUAUAACCGCCGACUGUAUUCCCAGUUUUGAUAAUACUGGCCACGCUCCGCUUCAAGUACCCGGCUUCAAAGGCAUUCCAAUUCAUUAUGAGCACUCACCAAGCGAGCGCUUCAUUCAUGGAAUGAUGGAAUGGCGACAGGCGCCCGCAGUGACCGUCCGUGAGUUGGCCAUGGUUGCGGUGAUGGAACAGCUCACCGACCGGCCCAGAUGGGAUAUCGACAUAUUUGACGACCAAGUUCUGGCGAGCUGGCGGGAGGAGGUCUUCACCACGUAUCCGUUAAUGAGUGACAUGGCAUGGACCUGGUGCAUGAAAGAGCUUCGAGAUAAAGCAGUGUUAUUCCGCGAGAAGCAACAUGUCCGGGUGCUGGAUGUAGGAUCCUGCGUAUGUAAGUCGGACACAGCGACUCUCAGUGCUCUGAGCGAUGUGUUCAGACAAUCGGUUCCUUCUGUUAUUGAGCAGCAGCGGUAUGGUGGAAAGCUUGAUUGGCGAUCUAGUCAGGUACUGAGCCUGGUAGAUCCGUCACUAUUCCCUUUGGUUUAUGGGAGAAGCCCGGUCUUAGUGAAUGGAGGAAAAGUGGACCUGCAAAAUAUCUUCGACUCCCACCACAAUGCGACUACUGCGUCAAAACAUGUCCAUAGACGAGAACAUUCCGCGGCUUUCCAGAAGCAGAUAGAAGAAGAAGCUCGGGAAGAUUUCUCUACAGGGCUAAGGCCUCAUCAUCGUGGUGAUUCUAACCUCAAAUUUUAUCGUUGGAGCUCCAAUUAUCAGUAUCUUCCUUGCGAGGUCGAGUUUAGCAAAGAUUCUGGAACGGAGGUGCAGAUUACCUCAUACAUCAACAAUCUACAUCCGAUGCACACGAAGGUAUACCAGGCCAUUGAGAAACUCGUGUCUCUAGCAAUCAAGCCAUGGAAUGGGUGUCUGGGGCGAUCUCUCUAUUCCUGGAAGCAUCAUGAGACCCAGGGACAGUUGGGACGCAUGCCACUCCGGAUAAUCACAUACGGGGUUGAAUGGGAGAAUGAACUUCUUCGAUGGGCCAUCGCUUUUAACGUGCCUUCCGAGGCUGAGAAACGAAUGUUUCGCGAGGCCCAGGAGAAGAUAAAAGCCAGCAGGAAGGACAAGUCCCCUGGGAAACUUUGGGGCCGGGCCAAGGCGUAUCUUGAGCUCCCCGAGGAUAAAACAGUUCGCUUCAAGCAUUCAGAACCGGGAACUGCCUUUUCGUAUAAGGAAUGGAAAGAUAGCCGGCACAACGACAAGGCCAUCGUUGAGAUAGCCGGCAGAUACCAAAUGCCACCUCACAAUCCUUAUUCUAUCAAUCUCCAGGACGCAUUUCGGAAGCAAGGUCUACAGAUCAUUGUGAAGAUGGAAAACAUCGAACUCACCCCUCAGGCUCCCAUCUACGUCAGCGAUUCAUGGGAGCUCGAAGGCCAAAAGAACGAGCACAUCGCAGCUGUGGCCAUCUUCACAUACGACGUUGCAAACGUUACCGAGCCCCGGAUUGAAUAUCGUCAGUUUACCCGUCUCCACAGACGUUACUAUCAGUACAGAGAGGAGCCGCAAACACUGGACCCCGAUGAGGGUUGGCGGGAUUCGUACCCUCAUCGAAUCGGAAAGUCUUUUGAAAAGGAAUGUAAAGGAAUGGCUAAUGUGCUUGGGUUCCCGCCCGGAAAUUGCCAGCAAUACGGCAAUGGAUAUCACCGCGGUCUAGCGUUCCAGAAUACAGGGUCUGUCGCGAGCCUGCAAGGGCGACUAGUCACAUUUCCCAGUGUCCUAGAGCAUCGUCUCAAAUCGUUCCAGCUGGUUGAUCCAACGCGCCCUGGACACUAUCGGUGCAUCAAGGUGUACUUGGUCGACCCGCACUACCGAGUGUGUUCCACCCGCAAUGUGCCGCCUCAGCAGCAUCACUGGUGGGCAGAAGAAGUGGGCAACGAUCUUGCAUCAUUCGGAUUGCCUCGCGAACUGCAGGAUGCAAUUUUCCAGGAAACAAACAGCUGGCCCAUGGGAUUGCAUGAAGCAAAGCAGCACAGACAGGAACUUAACAAAGAGCACCGUUGGAACAAAUUGACGAGGCUUAGUGAAAUGUACAGUGCUAGUAUUUGA